AAUUGGAACACUCAAAACGAAAGUAUAUAACUGCACAAUGUCCUUUUCUCCAGAUCCGUAGCACGUCUUCAGGUAGAUCAAUAUCCCAGUUUAAUUUCAAAAACUGCAUUCUUUAAAUUAAGUAUUUUGUAAAACAUUUCACUAGAGCUAAGAAUCCUAAAGGAUAGAAUAUUCUAGCUAAAUUACUAAGGAUAGUUCUUCAUGGAUAUCGUCGACAUAUGAAUAUAACACGACCUGCUUUAAGGUAAUUUAAAUUUUUAAUGUUCGGCCAAUGUUAGCAAGAAUUUACCAGCUAAAUAGGGACUAUGGGCAAGACCAAAUGUAACAGUACACAUUACCACAGUCUAACACAGUCAAGUCAGUCGACCCUUUUCGACGAACCAUCCGCACCUGCCAACGCCGCCCGCCCCUCUCGCCUAUCGGAGUUUAUCGAUCCCCCGCAUGCGGGGGAUUUAUACCGGUUCGUCGACGAAAUGUGGUUAUAGGGUUGACUCGGUUCAGUUUAUUUCCGACGUUUACCGAGUGCGCCAAUAUUUUUUGUUUUUGUGAAUUUAAUAUUCUGUCAUUUAGUGCUAGUUUUACGGACUUUUACUUUAAUAUAAUUUAUAUUAAUAGUAGUUGUUUGGUAAUGGCUUCUCACGGACAAUACUGCUGUGUUGAAUCUUGCAAAAAACAUUCAAACGACCCAAGUGUUUCUUUUUUUUGUAUUCCCAAUGAUGACGUAAGGUGUCAGCAAUGGAAGGAAAAUUUGGGAUUUGUUGGGGAGCAUAAAUAUGCAAAACUUACACCCAAAGAAGCUCAUAAGCUCAGAAUUUGUAGCCUACAUUUUUCUUCAAGCUCUUUAAUUCAUUACACUGGAAGGCGGUUAAAAAAUACUGCUAUUCCAUCAAGAAUACCACCAGAGCCUGAAGAUGCCAAUGUUACAAAAGAUGCGAUUGAAGGCAGAAAGAUUCUUGUGUCUCAAGAAACUCAAACUGAUCCAGAAAUGUUUAAUGAAGAAAAGCAGACAAAGCAAGAGGACAGUGAGGAAAAUACCUUCCAAGAGCAGUCAGACUUUAGAGGUGAGUGCAGUUCCAAGGCAAAACUGACGACAAGUGAUAGUUUCGACCAAGCAAGUGAAGACUCUAACUUUGAACCUGAUGAAACUAAAGUGAUAAUAAAAGAAGAACCUCUGGAUUCAGACCUGGACGAAAUAGAAUGUAAAAAAAUCAAAAUUGAAUGUGAAAGUGAGGAGGACUGUGAUGAAGAUUUGCUAUUUUUUAAGAGUUUGCUGCCAGAUUUUAAGUUACUGUCGCCGGAAAUCAAAAGGGAACUUCAAGGCAGAAUUCAGGAAAUGGUGCGCGAAGCUACAUUAUCAACGACCAUGCAUAAUUUUUAAUUUUAGACUGUUAAAUAGGACUUGCUUUUUUAAAUAAAUGUUUUCAAUGUUAAGUUUAAAUCCAUUUCUCGUCAUCUAUACACGACGGUGGUAUUAAGCGAAUUUAUAAUAAUGCCAUUCCCACUAUAUUAUUGUCGGUCAUUUCCACCUGUGCCUUAAAGAUAAUCAUAAAAAAAACAGAGAGAGAAAUCUCUUAAAAGUAGCUCUGGAUUAUUUUCGAGCCUUGUCAAAGCCAAUCGAGAGUUGUUGCGUGCGCAGUAAUUGUAGAAUGAGUGGUACAGGAGCUACACAGAAAAGAUGGAAAGGAAGCUUAAGACAGAGACAGGUAAUAAAAAGACGUGGUGAAAAAGGCAAAAGUUGACCUUGAACAAGGAAAUCAUGAACACGUUUAAAUUAACUAUUAUAUGAUGAUAAUAAAAUAUUUCAUAGAUGCGGAUUCAGGGUCGUUAAAUGUGCAAUAGUUAUACAAUAUCUUGUACGACAUAAUACACAGAGGGUAAACUUAAGAAUUAUUCAAUACUCACUACACAUGACGCUGAAAACGUUCCCAAACCCAUCGAGAAGAUCGCGUCGCACGUCGCACGGUCAGUUUAUUAUCGGCGACUCCAGCGUGCCGAACGUAUCGCUCGACGCUCUCGCUUCAACGCGUUAUGUCCGCUAAUCAGUCUUUCAGCGAAUCAUUGAUUUCCUUGGUUUAUAAGAGUAGACCGAUAUGGGAUCCUAAGCAUAGGGACAACAAGGACAGGAACAUUUUGCAGCUCAACUGGCAAGAAAUUGGAAAAAAGUUGGAUACUCAUCCCGACGUAGCGAAACAAAAAUGGAAAAACCUAAAAGACUACUACCGGUCCGAAUUAAAAAGGACCAAACGAUGUGAAGACAAUGAUACGGCGCCAAGAGUAACCAGCUGGCCUCACUUCGACCAAAUGUCCUUCCUACAAGACACCAUAAAGUUCAAGCAGCAAACACCAAACGAUCCACUGACAUUAACCAAUGACCAAAUAAAUGAAGACUUCAAAAUCGAAUUUGAUAGCGAUGAGACCGAACGAGAGGAAGAAGCAUGCAUUGAGAAAUGUUAUCAAGACUUACAUCCAGUCCAGCAAGAAUCAAUGAUGAACUUUAACGAUGACAGUAGUUCGUCAACAAGAAAACAAACUGGUUGCUUCAAUAUCCCUGAACGUUGUGACGAGGAAGUUGAAUGUAAAAGAAUCAAGUUGAUAUUCGAAAAAGAAGAGGAUUUUGAUGAAGAUUUGAUGUUCUUCAAAAGCCUUUUGCCGGACUUCCGGUUUUUACCGAGAACCCGUAAGAUGGCACUGAAGGUGAAGUUUCAACAGCUGCUUUAUGAGGAAACUCUUUCGGCUGUUGGACAAACCACUUGAAUCAGUAGUAUUUCUUGUAUAUAUUGUGUAACGUUUUUAAUAUAGUGGUGAACUAAA